AUGACUCGUAUCCUUUUAAUUUGCUUUAUUCCUAGAGAAAAAGAUAGGGAAAGGGCUCAAUCCAGGACAGGCGGCAAAGGGAAGAAUGGUUCUAAGGACGAUGGAUUGACCCCUGAACAACGUCGUCAAAGAGAUGCAAAGGCCUUGCAAGAAAAGACAGCGAAGAAGGCAGCACAGGCGGCGAGUGGAGGUAACAAUGGCAGCAGUGCUGGUGGAAGUAAAAACAAUAAAUGAU